AUGUUUCAGAUACGGUGGACGAAGACGGCGGGCAGCGUGUCGGACCGCUUCCAGGACUCGAGCGUGUUCAAUGAGACACUGAUCAUCUCGAAGAUCCUCCGAACCCAAGGGGGGCGCUACUACUGCAAGGCCGAGAACGGACUGGGCUCUCCGGCCAUCAAGUCCAUCCGGGUCGACGUCUACUGCGUUGGGCUGGCACACGCACACUCGCUGCCCAUUGGACGGUUUUUCUUCUCUCCGUUGGCAGCAGCAGUAGUGAAGAGAUGCUGGAAGAGGAGAGGGGGGAUCGAGCCAGGCGCUGAGACUGAGGCCGACCUGAGCUAA